AACACAGCGCGGAAGCAGGGAGUUAAAGAGUCAGCUUGUCGUGGGCUCUGGUCUGGCCGCUCUGGAGCACCCUGGAGUCGCUAUUGGGGGCUUUCUGCCCUAGGAAUCGUGGUUUCCUUUUUAUACACACCAGUAGUUUUCUCUUUGUGCUAUGGGAGAUGUCAAAGAAUCAAAAAUGCAAAUAACACCAGAAACUCCAGGAAGGAUCACUGUUUUAAAUCCUUUCGAAAGUCCUGGUGAUUAUUCUAAUCUCCAUGAGCAAACUCUCUCCAGUCCUUCUGUUUUUAAAUCAACAAAAUUACCGACUCCAGGGAAAUUUAGAUGGUCUAUUGAUCAACUAGCUGUAAUAAAUCCUGUAGAAAUAGACCCAGAGGACAUUCAUCGUCAAGCUUUAUACUUAAGUCAUUCUCGAAUAGAUAAAGAUGUGGAAGACAAAAGACAAAAAGCCAUUGAAGAGUUUUUCACUAAAGAUGUCAUCGUACCCUCUCCUUGGACGGAUCAUGAAGGGAAACAGCUUUCAGAGUAUCAGUCCAGUAAAUGUAUAAAUAUAAAUAGUGAAUCUCCAGUUGGAAGAAAGUUGACUGUUCAUUCUGAGAAAAGCAAUGCUGCUUGUCAGACAUUGCUGUCUCUUCCUGUGGAUUUUAACUUAGAAAAUGUAUUAGGUGACUAUUUUAGAGCUGAUGAAUUUGCAGAUCAGUCUCCUGGAAACCUCAGUUCUUCAUCUCUCAGAAGAAAGCUGUUUUUAGAUGGGAACGGAAGUAUCUCUGACCCCUUGUCUCCAGCUUCUCCCAGCAGUCCUCGUAGUGGUGCUCAAGCAUCACUUGAGGUCUUUUAUUCAAUAGAUUUAUCUCCUGUACAGUGUAAGAGCCCUGUGCAGACUCCAAGUUCGGGCCAGUUUUCUUCUAGCCCGAUUCAGGAUAAUGUAAAAAAAUACAGUUUGGGAAGCAUAACCAGUCAUUCACCUAUUUCUUCACCCACUUUGUCACCAAUUGCAUUUCAAAUAAGAAAAGCACCACUCUCAGAACAAAGGAAGUUGACUUUUCAUUCUCCUGAUGCUUCAUCUGGAACAAGUUCUAAUGGAAUUACUAAUCCACGUAUCGGAAGUCCUUAUAUAGAUGGCUGCUCAUCAAUUAAAAAUUGGUCUCCAAUGAGACUGGAGAUGUGUAGGGGUGGUGCUCAGUAUCGGACCUCACUGAUUCGGAUACCAUUUACUCUUGAGGCUCACAGUGAAGAUGAGGAAGAUAAAGAGAAUACUCCUCCCACGGAUGUCUCAUUACCAGCCAUGGAUACUGCUGGGGUACAACUACGGCAGUUGAAUAGCACACAUCUAGUUGUGACUGCCAUGUCUAUUACACAGAAUCAGUUCAGUGCCUCUGAGAAAGAGUUAGCACUGCUGCAGGAUGUUGAAAGUGAGAAGGAGAAUAACACUGUGGAUAUGGUUGAUCCUGUAGAGAUAGCAGAUGAGAACACUUUUCACUUAAAGGAGGCAGUUGAUAAUGGGAGUCUACCCAUGACUGAUUUUAUGAGUGGAAUUGCCUUCAGUAUUGAAAACUCUCAUAUGUGCAUGGUGCCUCUUGCAGAAAGCAGUGUCAUUCCUUGUGAAAACAGUAACAUUCAGCAAGACCACACAACACAGAGGUGCUGGAGGAAAACAGCAAAUCCUUCUCAAUGCAGCAGUCCAUAGAAUACCUCCCUCAGAACCAAAGACUGGCCGAAUAGCUCCGAGCAUGUUUUUUAUGCACAGGAUCAACAAUGAAAUCGUGAUGGGGAGAAAACUGUUUCAACCAACAUGCUUAACACUUUUUCCUUCCCUCUGCAAUGUGAAAAAUCAAGGGCUUAAUUCAGUGAUACAGGACAACAUAAGAGCUCCUGGAACUUCAACAAGUUGCUGAAGUUUAUUUUUUAUUAAAUAACUAUUUUUGUAAUUACCUUGUUUAACAAUAAAAAAUAAUUUCAGCUUUUUAAAUUGUGACAGCUGCUGACUUUGCUCCUAUCCUAUAGGAUUAAUGAACUUCUUAUUAAGCCUUACUGACAGCACUGAAUUAGCAGUAGAUCUGAGAAUGUGUAGAAAUACAUUAAAAUUUAAGGCACUAUUGUAAAUGUUUUAAUUUACAUUAAAAACUUGUGAACAUACAGAUGAAUUUAAAUUAUAACCUAUGUGAAAGAAAUAAAUCUAAUUUAGAGAUAAAACUGAAACUUAAAGAGGCAGAAAGGAAGUUAAAUGGGUUUCCUAAAAUUUUAAUUCUUGAAUUAUUUGUUCACUUCUGUGGGGAAAUUUUUAGUUCUGGUGAUAACUGCUCUAGUUGCUACUUUUAAAAAAGAAUAUAACAUAAAGGUAGUGCUCAUGGCAUCAUAAUAUCAUGAAUUGUUACAUCAGUGGGAUAAAAGUGGGAUGCCCAGAAUAAGUAUAUAUUCAUUACUAGGGUAGGGACAUCCUUUCCAGCUCAAGCCACUAAUCAUGGUUGGCUAGGGAUAGGAAUAAGAACAUGGGAGAACAGGAUAAACACUAGGGACUGGGAUGAUGGUGGAAUUCCUGUAGGGCUUAGACCAAUGAAGUAGCAGUCAGGCAGAACUAUUUUCUAAAAACUUAUUUCCAUGUUGGGAGUAGAGUAUACUAUAACAUUUUUGGAAUUUCUUUACUUUUGGGGAAUGUGUAUUUGUAUUCACUAAUUUUUUUUUUUUUUUACAAUUCUCACAUUCAAAAGGAAAUAAUACAUAUGAAGCCCUGGGAAAUAAAGACAUGUUAUCAUUGUGUCAUUUUCUUCCUUUUUGCACUUUUGUAAGCUUAUUGCUAAUCUGCAAAAAAAUGUUUCAUUUUAUGUGCCUGGCUCAUAAAACACACUAACCAUUAAAGCCAUUAGCCAUUAUUAGGUCCACUGGCAAAGUUACUGUAUUAGGAAGUUUAGUCUUUAAUCACAUAGGCUUUAGACUCGAUAUAAACUAAAAACAACUGCUGAACGUAAGAGUUUUGGGUGCUAAUGAUCGGAGUCACCCUGCCUACAAUUCUUAAAGCACAUAUCAAGAAAUAAAAGACUAUACAUCCAAGGCACAACAAUUGGUCUGUAUUCUCCUGGAGCAACAGAGGAAGGACA